AUGCAACAACAUGAUGGAUUAGCAGUCAUUUAUUAUCCGACUGUGAUAUCGAGAAAAAAGGUUUACUUUCAAACAUGGUUGACGCAGUAUCAUUUGAAGAGACGUCAUUCAUUCUUGGAUGAAAGCUUGAAUGCACAAUUAAUUUCAAUGCUCUCACGACCACCGUCAUCACAUAGCGAGAGAUCAGUCGUGGGUAGGGAUGGGUUCAGUAAAGUACCUCACGAAAUUAUGAUGAAUAUUAUGGAAUAUUUGGAACCCACGGAAAUCAUCUCCUUGUCCAUGGUCAAUAGGAAGCUCAGGGCACACACGCACGAUAACUAUUUAUGGAAACAAAUAUUGUUAAGAGAGUUCGGAGAGACCGCCAUCCAAGAGGAACCGAGACAGGUGAACACCAAGGGAAAAUGGAAGAAAUCGAAAUCCGCAAGAAAGCAGGUGCCAACGGGACCUAAUUGGAAAAAGGUGUUCAUGAGAUUGUUAAACGUUUCGACAAAAACCGCCAUCUUCAAAGGUCGGCCCGGGUCAUUUUACAAAUAUCGAAACUUUGAUCACAAGGACAAUGACCACAACAUCUACCUAAGCUCCUACGAACGUGAGUCAAAGUUCUAUUAUGCCCCUAACCCCGAUGACUUCUCGCACGUGAUCGACAAAGGAUGGUUCAAUUUCCGAUUGCCGUUUAAGGUUGUCAUCUCUAAGAAAGAGCACUCGGAUGAAUAUCGCUAUCAGGUUCACACUGGCAUCAACUGCGAUCUGGAAGACGAACAGAAUAACGGAAGAAACUCUAGCAGCAUAACGAAAAAUAAGGGACCUUUUUCGGUCGAUAGCGUGUGUUUAAGACCUCACAUAGCUUAUGAUCUGAUCCGAGCCUCUUCACCAACCCCCGAAGAAAACCAUCUAUUACCAGAUUCUUUGUCCGCGGAGAUCGACCAUGAUAGUCAUGUUCCCGAUGAAUCUGUGUAUAGCGACACCGGGUACUCGGAGUGUGAGACACAGACUAGCGUGGAUGGGGACGUGAGAAGUUACACUGAUCAUGGGAGUUACGAUAAUGGACGGAAUGAAAGGAGAUGGAGUAGGGAAAGCAGUCGGAAAAAGGAAUACAUCAAAAAGGUGUUUCUGUGCAGCGGGUCAGAUGUGUAUGUCGAGUGA